CUGUAAUAUGUUGUUACCCAUAUGGUUGUACGGAAUCAUUAUCCAAAUCCAUUAGUACAAUAGGACAAUGAUUUUGUCCGUCCAUAACACUUGAUCGAUCCACCGGAGCACUUUGAUUCUGCCCGAUUCCUAACAUGCCUUAUAUACUCCGGCGGAGAAUCAACCGAAAAUUGCACAUUCCCUGCCGGCAAUUAUUGUUUUCUACUGCCACGCCGGCGACGAAGGACCAUAAAGGGAUUCAAAAGAUUGAGAAGAUACUUAUAGCUAAUAGAGGCGAAAUAGCAUGUAGAAUUAUUAGAACUGCCAAAAGACUCGGGAUUCGUACUGUCUCCGUCUACAGCGACGCCGAUAAGUAUAAUCUGCAUGUAAAAUCCGCCGACGAGGCCGUCCGCAUUGGCCCUCCUCCGGCGCGUCUAAGCUACUUGAAUGCUUCAUCAAUUAUUGAAGCUGCAGCUCGUACCGGAGCUCAGGCUAUUCACCCAGGUUAUGGUUUCUUAUCGGAAAGUGCUGAUUUUGCUCAACUGUGUGAAGAUGAAGGUUUGAUCUUUAUUGGACCUCCUGCAUCUGCAAUCCGUGAUAUGGGUGACAAAAAGUGCUUCAAAAAGAAUAAUGGAUGCAGCAGGGGUGCCACUUGUGCCCGGAUAUCACGGCGAGGAACAGGAUAUUGACUUGAUGAGAUCAGAAGCACAGAAAAUAGGGUAUCCUAUUUUGAUCAAGCCAACCCAUGGAGGUGGUGGGAAGGGCAUGAGAGUUGUUCAAAGUCCAAGUGAGUUUGUUGACUCUUUUUUGGGGGCACAACGUGAGGCUGCUGCAUCUUUUGGCAUAAAUACAAUCUUGCUAGAAAAAUAUAUUACAAAACCAAGGCACAUUGAAGUCCAGAUAUUUGGUGACAAACAUGGUAAUGUUAUCCAUCUCCAUGAGAGAGAUUGCAGCAUCCAAAGAAGACACCAGAAAAUAAUUGAAGAAGCUCCUGCUCCGAAUAUUAAUAGUGAGUUUCGGUUCCACUUGGGUCAAUCUGCUGUAUCUGCAGCCAAGGCAGUUAAUUAUUACAGUGCGGGGACUGUGGAGUUUAUUGUUGAUACCAUUUCAGGAGAGUUUUAUUUUAUGGAGAUGAACACCCGCCUUCAGGUUGAGCAUCCUGUUACCGAGAUGAUUGUUGGUCAAGAUCUUGUGGAGUGGCAAGUACGUGUUGCAAGUGGAGAGCCUCUUCCUUUGAGCCAAUCACAGGUUCCCUUAUCAGGUCAUGCUUUCGAAGCCCGGAUAUAUGCAGAAAAUGUUCCCAAAGGUUUUCUUCCUGCUACUGGUGUUCUUCAUCAUUAUAGUCCAGUUGCAGUUACAUCAUCAGUUAGAGUUGAGACGGGGGUUGAGGAAGGGGACACUGUAAGUAUGCAUUAUGACCCCAUGAUUGCCAAGCUUGUAGUGUGGGGAGAGAACCGCUCUGCAGCAUUGAUAAAAUUGAAAGACAGCUUGUCAAAGUUUCAGGUUGCUGGUUUGCCAACCAACAUAGAUUUCCUUUCUAAACUAGCACACCAUGGUGCUUUCGAAAAAGGCGAAGUGGAAACAAAUUUCAUUGAGCGGUAUAAGGACAGUCUAUUCAGCAGUGGUUGCAAUUCAGGACCUGCACUAGAGGCAUAUAGACGUGGUGCAUUAAUUGCUGCUGCUUGCAUUUGCAACAGGGAACUUGCAGCAUCAAGGAAUAGUGCCCCUGAAGGAAUGUUUUUGUGGUAUGUUGAUCCUCCUUUUAGAGUCCACCAUUUGGCUCAUCGAACCGUGGAACUUGAGGGCGAUGAUGAGUUUGGUGAUACAGGUUCAAAAUUUUUAAACGUUUCCGUAACCCAUUUGGCUGAAGGGAAAUUCCUAGUUGAGACAGGAGAAAGCAUUUUCCCCAGUUUGGAGGUCGAAGUACAACAGUUAAGCAAUGGAAAUUAUACAGUCGAUGUUGGCGGUGUAAAACAAACUGUUAGCCUUGCUGAAUAUUCCAAAGACCAUUGUAAGAACAUCCAUAUUUGGCAUGGCCCUUACCAUCAUCACUUCAAACAAAGUAUAAUCCUUGAACUCGUUGAGGAUGAUCAACUGAACCAAAAACAACCUGCCAGUGAGUCUGCAUCUCACCCUCCUGGGACAGUGGUUGCCCCAAUGUCAGGUCUAGUGGUUAAAGUUUUGGUGAAGGAUGGGGAAGAAGUUCAACAAAGCCAACCAAUAUUAGUAUUAGAAGCCAUGAAGAUGGAGCAUGUAGUGAAAGCUCCAACUGCUGGACAUGUUAGUGGCCUUAAAGUUGAAAUGGGACAGCAAAUAUACGACGGAGCAGCUCUCUUCAGUAUCAAGAGUCUUUAGAUCUACCAUUUCUUCAUUGAAGACAAUCUCAACUGGAUUGAACACCUAACAUCGCUCUGGACAUCUAUGGUAAUACAUAUUUGGGGAUACCUGAGUCACUAUAUAGGCUGUGAAUGAGUUGAGAGACCAUUUGCAAGGGUUGGAAACUUGUAACCUCAUUUCUAGGACCCCUUGAGAUGUAUCAAAUUAAAAAAAUCAAUAAAAACAUUAAAUGUCAUUUGAGUUGUGAAAUUGUAUUCAGUGAAGUUACUAGGGAAUAUGCUAGCAACAGUUUGGUUGUGACUAAACUAUAUUGAGUUGUUGGGUAUGGUGCUGCAUCUCUCAUUCCUAGGUGUUAUCAUUCCUAGAUCUCAUAUGAAGAGUUUUGUAUAGUAAAUUACAUGACAGCACUCAAAAUGAAACCUUAUUUCAGGAGUUUUCCAUUUGCUUCUUGUUUUGAGAAGCAGUUUAUUUUAGAGAUU